CUCAAAAGAAAAGAAAGAAAGCUUUCCCCUUUUUCUUUUUUACUUGCAAAAUAUCAACACCACCCUCUCUCAGUGGCUUUUCAGGAUUCCGAUUUUCUUCUGUUUCUGGAGGGAUAGUUGUUUUGUCAUUCUGGAUGUUGCUAGGAAGUUGGAACUCAGUCUUGUGAUCUGAAAUUGUUCAGUUUAGUGUUCUGGGUUUUGCUUUUUGGAGAAUUUCAAGAACUGGGUUUACCUCAUUUCAUGUAAAGGUUGGAUUUUUAGAGGUUGUUGGACUGUAGAAUCUUGGUGAUACCAGGAAGGAAAUUUAGUUGAUUGGUUUUCAUGCCUGAAUUUUUGGAACAUUUUCAAUUGGUUUCUGGGGCUUGCUGUUGUCAAUACUUUGGAAUUCUCUUUGUACUUUAGUGAAGGAGCUGUGAUACACGUUUGAAGGUUUGAAUUUCGGCAUUUUGUGCUGUGGAAACGAUGUAUAGAUAGUUUUAUGUUGCGUGGGAACAACUGGACAUUUGUUUACUUAGAAUUUUCCAAAUUGGACAUGAGACUGUAGGAAUAUAGUAGUGUUGAUCAUUUGGAGAAAUAUGACUUCAGUUUUACCUUCUGUCAUUCCACCAACUUCUGGUGAUGUCUCACCACCACCAGCACCUCCUACCUCUUCCUCCUCUAAUUCCUCAACCACUUCGCCAUCUCCCACAUCUUCUCGUCCAAAUCAAACUAUUGAUCCACCAUCAUCAUCAGCACCAUCAAAUUCUUCAGCUCCACCUCCUCAAUCCCCUCCUCCAGCUGUCCCUGCUGCCCCUCCUCCAUCACCUCCUUUGUCACCACCACCGGCAUUGACAACACCACCAGCGUCACCUCCACCAUCAACCCCAGCUUCUCCUCCGCCAUCCCCUCCAGCUUCUCCACCUCCGUCAGUGCCAACAUCACCUCCACCUUCAUCUCCUGCUGCCCCUCCACCCUCUCCAGUUUUAUCUCCACCACCACCAUCAGGUGGUUCUCCUCCUCCACAAGCUGCAACAGCACCUCUGGUCGCAACUUCACCUCCACCUCAGGUCAAUUCACAUUCUGCACCUCCUCCAGCUAAUGUAGCAACACCGCCUUCCUCAAAGUCUCCACCUUCACCCCGAGCAACACCACCACCUGAAAGCUCUUCCUCACCUCCUACGCUUACACCUCCACCAUCUAGGUCUAAGUCUGCUCCUCCUCCUUCCACAACUUCUCCCUCAACGCCUAAAUUGGCAUCGCCACCUCCUUCAGUUCCCUCAACUUCCUCACCACCUACAAUUUCACCCCCGGCAACUCCAAGUACUCCGUCAACAACUGGAAGUCCUAGUUCAUUAUCACCUUUGCCCUCAAUUCCAACUGAAAAACCAACUGCAGAGUCAACUAAUGGUAAAAGUGCAUCUGCAAAUGCAACAUCCUCUGGUAAAAAUGUUUUAGGAACUGGAGGUGCUGUGGCAAUCGGUGCUGUUGUUGGGUUUAUCGUGCUCAGUCUUCUUGUGAUGGCUGUGUGGUUUGCACUGAAACGAAAAAGGAAGAGGGCUGGACCAAAAAUUGGGUACACUAUGCCUUCUCCAUUUGCCUCCUCUCAAAAUUCAGAUUCAGUAUUUUUAAGGCCGCAAUCUCCACAUCAACUAAUGGGAAGUGGUUCUAAAAGUGGUUUUUAUUCACCGUCAGAGCCUGGUGGGGUCAAUAAUUCCAGGUCAUGGUUCGCAUAUGAAGAACUAGUCCGGGCAACAGAUGGGUUUUCAGAACAUAAUCUAUUGGGUGAAGGUGGAUUUGGUUGUGUAUACAAAGGUAUCCUCACAGAUGGUAGAGAAGUAGCUGUAAAGCAGCUAAAGAUUGGUGGUGGGCAGGGGGAGCGGGAGUUCAGAGCAGAAGUUGAGAUUAUUAGCCGAGUACAUCAUCGCCAUUUGGUUUCACUGGUGGGGUACUGUAUAUCAGAGCAUCAAAGACUGCUUGUCUAUGAUUAUGUCCCGAACAACACCCUUCAUUACCAUCUCCAUGGUAGAGGCAGGCCAGUAAUGGAUUGGGCUGUCCGAGUCAAGGUUGCUGCAGGUGCAGCUCGUGGGAUAGCGUACCUCCAUGAAGACUGCCAUCCUCGCAUCAUUCACAGGGAUAUCAAGUCAUCAAACAUUCUUCUUGACAGCAAUUUUGAGGCUCGGGUUUCGGAUUUUGGGCUUGCAAAGUUAGCUUUGGAUUCAAAUACCCAUGUAACCACACGUGUGAUGGGAACUUUUGGAUAUAUGGCUCCAGAGUAUGCAACAAGUGGCAAGUUAACUGAAAAAUCUGAUGUUUAUUCCUUUGGUGUUGUGCUCUUGGAGUUAAUUACUGGGCGCAAGCCUGUUGAUGAUUCUCAGCCCCUAGGUGAUGAGAGCCUGGUUGAAUGGGCUCGGCCAUUGCUUGCUGAAGCAAUUGAACAUCAAGAAUUUGAAGAGUUGGUGGAUCCAAGGCUGGAAAAAAACUAUGUGGCUCAUGAAAUGUUUCGAAUGAUUGAGGCAGCUGCGGCUUGUGUGCGACAUUCAGCAGCUAAAAGGCCAAGAAUGAGUCAGGUGGUGAGAGCUCUAGACUCAUUGGAUGAGUCAUCAGAUCUCACAAAUGGAAUGAAACCUGGCCAAAGUGAAGUUUUUGAUUCAGCACAACAAUCUGCACAAAUUAGAAUGUUUCAGAGGUUAGCAUUUGGCAGUCAAGAAUAUAGCUCUAGUUUCUUUAAUCACAGCCAGAGCAGUUGGAGAAGUCAAGAAGAUGGUAGUCAGGGUAGCUGGAGGAGUCGAGAUCAUGGGAAUCAGAGUAGCUGGAGUCGAGAGCACAGGGAGCGUAGCACGCUAAUGCCUUAAACAUAUCUUGGAUGUAAAGCAAAACGGAUGAGUUCAAUGCUUACAAUUAUAAGCAAAUUGAACCCUAUGACUCAAGAGUGUAACUGCAUCAAAGUGUAAAGGGGAUGCCUGUUCCUCUCAAUUUUGGAUGAGAUUAAAGACCGAGAUCAUGGAAUGGUCUUGCUGCUCACUUGAUGUGUAAGAUUGUGCAUUUUGUUCCUUUUAACCCUUUUUUUACUACUAGCUCACGUGAUUUUUGAAAAAAAAAAAGAAAAGAAAAGAAAAGAAGGUUACCUGAUUUUCUUGUAAGAAUGCCUGUGCUUGUAUUUUCUAUGAUUUAGAUUCAUUCAUACAUCCUUUCUUUGUAUUGAUAUUUAUUAAUUCAAUGUAAGUUUCUUUUUCUCAUUUA